AUGAGUCCUACUAACACUAAUUACCAUGGCCGACAAGGGGAGGAGAUGUUCCUGAACAGCCCUUCUGCGGCUCGACGAGAUGGCGAUGAAUCUCCAAUCGUGGGACCUUUGAGAAUCAAUAAACCACCUUCGGCAACGCCUACCCCGCAGCCAACAGCUCCUAAUAACCCUGCUCUUCCGUAUCCCGAUGACCGACCACGGCCACAACAACAAUCAUAUUCGCCUUCCAGCCAGACCACGCCAUACCCUCAACCAAAUAGUCGCAUUGCCAGUCCUGCGCAGAGCUUAACGUCUUCUACGGGUGCUACAUCCCCAGCAGACUACCCCUCUGCCUUGCGGCCUCGCGAUGGACGAGAACAGAAGCCCUCUUUGGCCGAACGACGGGGUAAUGCGCCUCCAAAGCCUUUACCAGAGUCACCUGGUCCCGAUACUCCUGAUAAAGAUGCCCUCUUUCAGAAAUUUCCUCCUCCCGGGCCACCUCGUCCCGUGGCAGCCGAGUCUAAUGAUGCUAGAUAUAACCAACAAUAUUUCCCACCUCCGUCGGCUACGAGCGCAGCACAGACUCGCUUGAGAGCUAAUAAUCCGGAUUCUAUCAAUCGCAUUAGCUCAACGGCAUCUAAUUCAACGACUCGCGCGCAGAGAGGUUCACCUCCGCCGCCUGAAACUCCAAUUGUUGGCCCCGGCCAACGGCCAGGAGCUGAUAUCGAGGCUCGAUUUGCGGCUGCAGGAAUUGCCGGCACAUCUACUCUGGCAAACUUGCAGUCGCGUAAUGCAGCUGCUCAACAGCGAGCAAACCAAUAUACUGCUCAGAUCGAAACGACUCGCCCUUGGACUCCAACCGAGCAACCAGGUACGCAACCACAUGGACCCCCCACCGUAUACCAGGGUUCCAGCGAGAUUGGCACCCAACAAUAUCCUCCAUCCACAUCUGCCCAGCCUAUGCCUCAACAACUUCCCCCAGUCAAUCAUGCUGAUCGUCCCUCGAUCCCUCCAAAUGCUCUGGAGCAGGACCUCCAGCGAAUGAACCUUUCUGCUUCUCCACCCCCAGCUUACUCGAGUGUAUCUGGUGCCAAUGCCUCUCAACAAUAUCCUAAUGAGAAAGGACGGCCAGCAGUUGGUUCUCCUCCUCCGCAAGGACAUCCAGCCUCAACUGGGGCACCCUCCGUUGCUGGCUCAGCGGUGGGAGCCGCCGCAAGCAUUCCCCCGAUCAGCUCUCCUGCUCCUUCUGUGCAAAGCCACCCGGCUUUUGCCAAUGAUCCAAGACAACAACAGCAACAGCUACCCCAACAACUACCACCUCAGGGACCACAGCAAGUCAUGUCGCCGCAACAAGCUCAGCCAAUAGGUGCAAUCAUUGAGCAGAGCAUCCAGACAAGCGCAUCCCCAGCUCCUGGAGGAUUUCCACCAGCAUCACCUCCGCCCUUGCCUGAGGGUUGGAUUGCACAUCUUGAUUCAAACUCUGGUCAAUAUUACUAUAUCCAUCUUCCUACGCAGUCUACUCAAUGGGAAUUUCCAAAGGGGCCCACGCCACUUAAUCUGAACGAGACACCCAUGUCACCUGUUGGCAGUGUUUACAGCGCCCACCCUCUCACCUCCCCAGCAUUUUCUACCUUUGGUGGUAAACCACUGGCAUCGCCGGGAGUGCCCAUGACACCUUUGUACGAAGGUAGUGUAAUGGGACUUAGUGCGGUUGGAACUGCCGUCACUGGCCCUCCUCCUAGUAGUGGGGUCGAGUUAUACAAAGUUGCUGCUACAAAUGGUGUCUACUUCGGACCCUACUUGCGGUAUUGUAACAUGGACCUAGAACGGGGUCUCUGGUUAGGGUCUAUCUUGCUUGUUACCGACGCUCCGCAGCCUCCGACAAUCCAUAUUCAUCAGAGUGUGGAUUUAUCACCCAAUCCUCGACAGUUGAAAGGGGUCAAUAUACAUCAACACCAGCGCUGGGUGUUUUACAAGUACGAUGUUGAUUUGCCAAUGGAUGACGCCGGUCCUGCAAAAUGGACAUAUGCCAUCACAUCUCAUCUUGGCUGUACACGGUACGAGUUCCUUGUCGCAGGACGACACGAAACGAACUGGAGGUUUAUCGCUACUUCGGGGAAUGAUUUCUCUCUGAAUGUCAGUGCCAAUGAGCGAGCUCGUCUAGGCGGUGCGGGCUUUAUGUGGAAAGAUAUCAUGCAGAAAUAUGCAGAAGUUGGAGGAUUUCAUUGUCAAUUAGGGCUUGGUGGUCAAAUUUCAGCGGAUAGAAUCUGGAAAGAGAUACCACUGCUCAAGCAAUGGCUCAGUAUCCACGGCAAAGAGCAGCGAAAGAAUGCUCCAUGGACGCCAGCACAUGAGGAUGAAGUUUCACAUGCUUAUUUCCAUUUUUAUACGAGUCAUUUUGAUCAGCCACAUCUUCGAGAGGCUUUUGCACAGAUUCCGUAUAUCCUGCAGUUGGAUGAUCAUGAUAUAUUUGACGGCUUCGGCUCUUACCCACAACAUAUGCAAUUCUCAAAUAUGUUCAAAAACAUUGGCCGUAUUGGUAUUGAGAUGUAUCUACUCUUCCAACACCAUACGACCUUGGAGCUUCUCCGCAAUGUGAACUCCGAUCAUGAUCUCUUCACGAUUACCGGGACAGGAUGGCAUUUUGUCAAAUAUUUGGGUCCAGCAGUCGUUGUCGUUGGCCCCGACUGUCGAUCAGAACGAAACCCUCACCAAGUCAUGGCUGGCCCAACGUAUCAGGGACUGUUCCCGAAAAUUGCGCUACUACCUCCCAGCGUACAGCACUGUAUCUGGAUGAUUUCUGUCCCUUUGAUCUAUCCACGCCUUGAGUCCACGGAACAGAUAGCAAACGCGGUUGCUACGGGAAAGAAGGCUGUUACCGGUGCAUACAACCUCUUGGGUAAAGUGACCAGCUCGGUAGCUGGUGUUGUAGGAGCAAAGGACGCAGUCGGCUCAGGAUUUGAUGCAGUCAAACGGGCAGUUGGCAAGACCGGAUUGAUGGGAGGUGUGCUCAACCCCUUUGGCGAGAUUGAUAUUCUCGAUGAACUCCGAGACCAAUGGACGCAUGACUCUAAAGAUCUCGAGCGCACAUACCUCAUUCGCACUCUGCAGGGCAUUGCCAAACAAAAGUCUAUCCGCAUGACUUUUCUGUCUGGCGCAGUCAACGCCUGUGGAGCAGGUCUAGUCCAUGAUCCCAGCCACCCAUCAGACCACAAAACGAUGUACCAACUCAUCGCCUCACCGGUGGUCAACACACCACCAUCCUCCUACAUCCUCAAACUCCUUCAUAACAACAAAGCGCUAUAUGUCCCCGCCAACGGCCAACGCUCCACCCCCUCCCAACCAACAGAUACAAAGGAGGACAUGCUCGAACUUUUCCAGACAGAUGUCACAGGCCAACCGCGAGAAUACCGUCGCCUAAUGGGACGACGCAACUACGUCGCCAUAGUCGCGUAUGAUCCGGAGGUUGUAUCGGGCACAUUUGGCCAGACGGACAUGCAGCGUGGAGGGGGAAAGCUUAGUCUUGCCGCCGAUUUUAUGGUUCAGGGUGAAGGUGCUUAUGGAAGUGUGGUCAAGUAUGGACCUGUUAUUAUUCCGAAUUUGGGAUUUGGUCAAUAA